AUGUUGGCAAAGGAUUCUUCCUCUGGGAAAAGACUAGCACAAGUCAUUUGUGCCAUCACGUGGGUUCUUUUAUCGGGAGGAGCCGUCUUUGGAUUUGCUGCUCUUAAACCGGUGUUGGUGUACUCGGGAGUCUAUGAAUGGGAAUGUGACUACGAGAGCAACAACAUAGACAACAAUGAUAUCGGCAAGUUUGCUGAGGGGGGGUUAGCUACUUGCACCAAACAGGAUUUGAAAUUAAACUUGUUAUUCACCGUUGCUGCUGCCUUGACGAACAUUUGCGCUUUCCCCGUGGGUCGGAUCUUGGACGUUUACGGACCGAAAGUAUGUGGCUUGUUAGGUGCUUUCUUCUUGUAUUUGGCGUGUUUCACAUUUAUCUACGCCGAAAGUUUGGUGUCGUGGGGACAGUGGAUUGACCCAUACUUGUUUGGCUACUGCUUUAUGGCAUUGGGUGGGCCCUUUGCGUUCAUUUCCAGUUUCCAAUUGUCGAAUGCGUUCCCAGAGAGAAGCGGAACGAUAUUGGCGUUAUUAACUGGUGCAUUUGAUGCUUCUAGUGCCGUGUUUUUGUUUUACAGGUGGGGGUACGACUAUUUUGAAGGAUUUUUCAGCUUGAAGAGCUUCUUUAGCGUUUACUUGGUGGUGCCCAUUUUUAUCACCGUUGUCCAGUUUACGUUGAUGCCUAAUGAAUCGUACCAUACCGACCCUAACUCGACCACGCUUUGCAACGAUGACAGCGAAACUGCUGGCCAUGUAAACCAUCCAAGCCAUGCUGGAACAGAAAUAGGAACAGAAACAGAAGGGGAGACAGAAAACAGUCCUUUGUUGAGUGCAGGUGAAGGUUUAGCGGCAGAAGAAGAAAUGCACUCACAACGAGGAAUCAGGCGCAGCGACUCCGUUGGCGACGCAUUGAAGCAGCCCUACGUCAACGAAGGCGAAGAGUACUUGGCCGAACAUAGCGGCGGCGUGUUUGGAAUCUUGCACUGGUACUCGGCGCAAUACCAAAUUGGGACAUGGUGGUUUAUUUUAAUAUGUGCUUUCUCCACCACUCAAAUGUUACGGCUCAACUACUUUGUCUCUACGAUUGCAAGUCAGUACCAAUACAUUUUCAACUCGCGCGAGAAGGCCGAGGCGUUGAACAAAUUCUUUGACUUGGCGUUGCCGUUGGCGGGAGCUAUAACCGUGCCCUUUAUUGGAACUUUGUUGGACACGUGCUCCACUGUAUCCGUGUUGUACCUUCUUUUGGCUAUUUCCUUGACUUUUGGAGUCUUGGGUUUUUUCGCCAACUACGCGUUGGCCGUUACUGGUGUUUGCUUAUUUGUCAGCUAUAGGCCGUUUUUCUACACCGUUAUUUCCGACGUCUGCGCCAAGGUGUUUGGAUUCGAGACCUUUGGCACCGUCUAUGGUCUUUUGAUGUGCAUUUGUGGAGUUCUCAACGCGGGGCAAGGUGUGUUGGACAAGUUGACCCACACAACGUUCAAAAUGAACCCAUAUCCGGUGAACAUUCUGUUGGUGGUGGUCACUGCAGUCGUGGGCGGAGUCACCGUGCGGUAUGUCAAGACGCAAGCAGAGGAGCACAAGAGAAAGAAAUUGACCAGCAACCCGAGUGGCAAUCGGUGA